AUGUCUCAGGAUCAUCUUUUCCUUUCAUGCUCGUUUUCGCAUACUCUUUGGAACUCAGUUGGUUUCCAUUUUAUGCGCAUUUCUUCUUCUUCUUCCAUCCAAGAUUGGAUCUCAUCUAUUUUGGCAUUAAGGAUUCCCAAAAGAUCUAAGGACUGGCUAACAGCUCUCAUGACAAUUUCAGUGCUGAAUAUCAAGUGGGAUCCUCCAUCAUCGAGUUUUCUGAAAUUUAAUGUGGAUGGCUCCUCCAUCGGGUGCCCGGCAGCUGCUGGUUUUGGUGGAGUUUUGAGGGAUGACAAAGGUGCUUUUCUUAUGGGGUUCGCUGGUUCUGCAGGUAUUUCUUACACUUUCGUUGCUGAAGCCUUGGCAGUUCGUCAAGCCCUUUCUCUUGCUGCUAAUCAGGGUGUUCGUUCCAUCAUUGUGGAGAGUGAUAACUUAAUGAAUUUUGUUGCAGAUUCUCUUGCAAAUUUUGGUUGUAAUUUUACCGACUUGGUUGUUUGGGAGACCACUCCCCGUGCUUUUAUUUUUCCUCUGCUUUUGGAUGACUGUAAUGGAACCUCUCGAUCACGCAUUGUAUCUUCUGGAGCUGUUGCUCAUUUAACUUAA